AUGAAAUAUUAUGAAUUAAUAUCUGAGGUAAAACAACUUAAACUGAAAUCAAGAGGCCAAAAACUUUUGAAAAAAUAUGACGUAAUAACAGUAUCUAAUGUGGAAAAAUUAAUUGUUCCAAAAGGCAGUACUGCAAAGAAAGGUCUUGUUGUAAAACCAAUAAUCUCAAAUGAAUUGAAUUCUAGAUGUCAAUUUGAUCUUGUAGAUAUGCAGGAACAACCUGACGGAAACUAUAAAUUUAUUUUAGUGUAUCAGGAGCAUCUGACAAAAUUUGUUUUGCUUCGCCCGUUAAUGCAUAAGCGUGCCGAAGAAGUAGCUUAUGUACUUCUUGAUAUUUUUACAACAUUUGGCGCACCAACGAUUCUACAAAGCGACAAUGUCCAAGAAUUCUCAAGUCAAGGGUCCGUCAAAAGGGCCAAUCAAGAUGUGGAAAAUAUACUUGCCACUUGGUUACAAGACAACAAAACAAAAAAAUGGAGUGAAGGACUAAAAUUUGUUCAAUUCAUAAAAAAUCGAUCCUUACAUCAUGGAAUAAAAUGCAGCCAAUAUGAAGCAAUGUUUGGAUGUAGUGCUAAAAUUGGAUUAAAAUCAUCGCUACUUCCAAUAUCAAUCAUUAAUAAAUUGAAAACCGAAGAAGAUUUAGAGGCAGCUAUUACGUCAAUGAAUACUGGAGAUCAUAGUGAAUUUGAUGAAGCAUUGAUUGAAGAAAAUGAUGAAGAAAAAAAAAUAGAUAAUAGAAUAAAUAAAAUAACUACUGUAAGAACAGAAUUUUGUGAAAGAAAAGUUGGUGAAACCGUCAAAAUCAAAAUACCUGAUGUAGACAGACCUCACAGCGACCUUCGUUGUAUUCUUGGAGUUAUCCUAUCAGUCCAUGACGAUAACUAUAAGAUAGGAACCACCGAAGGAAAGUUAGAUGCAAUGAUAGAUGUAAUUGGCCUCAACAAUGUUUAA